AUGCUGGCGAUCAGCACCUCGCAGCUCUGUACACACUCAUGUGGUUUUGUUCUGGAGUUCAUGCCGCCAACUGAGAGUGCGGAGCUAAUCUUCACCCCCACACGUCCUGCGAUGUGGCGGGUGUGGCUGUCGCCAGCAGAAGGUGAGGAGGGUGCAGGCGAUGACGCAGGUACAGGCGAUGACGCAGGUACAGGCGAUAAGGAGGGUGCAGGCGAUGAGGCGGGUGCAGACGAUAACGCGAGUGCAGGCGACGAGACGGGUGCAGGCGAUGAGACUGGUACAGGCAGCGAGGCGGGUGCAGGCGAUGAGGCGGGUGCAGACGAUGAGGCUGGUACAGGCGGCGAGGCGGGUGCAGGCGAUGAGGCGGGUGCAGGCGAUGAGGCGGGCACAGGCGGCGAGGCGAGUGCACGCGACGAGGCGGGUGCAGCCGAUGAGGCGGGUGCAGGCGAUGAGGCUGGUACAGGCGGAGCGGCGGGUGCAGGCGACGAGGCGAGUGCAGGCGAUGACGCGGGUACAGGCGGCGAGGCGGGUCCAGGCGGCGAGGUGGGUGCAGGCGAUGAGGCGGGUGCAGGCGAUGAGGCGGGUGCAGGCGGCGAGGCGGGUGCAGGCGGUGCACGAGGGUGGAUCGAGGGACGUGGCGGCAAGAGCGAGCGAAUGUAUUUCCGGUUACAUACUAUCACCGUCGUCAUAUUUGAAUCCGUUUUGAUGGAUUCACCAUAG